CCGUAACGUAAAAUCUCCAUCUGCCUACUGUUUUUGCUGGGGAAAAGGUGGGAAUUCAGGAUUUGUCUGCGAUUUUGGAGAUAAUUUAGGGAAAAUAAGAAAGAGCAUAAGAAUUAUGGGGUUGAUAUCUAGAAUGGUGAUGGGGAUGCUUAUAGGGAUCGCGUUAAUGGCGGCCUGGAGCUACAUGAUGGCCUAUCGCAGCAGGAAGCGUGCUGCUAAGACGGUUGACAUUAAACUACUAAGCUCCCUGAACAAGGUGGAUAUGAAAAAGAUUUGUGGGGAUAAUUGUUCGGAGUGGAUAUCAUUUCCUGUUUUCGAGCAGGUUAGGUUGUUUGUGAAAUGGCUGAAUAAACAGAUGGGUAAAUUGUGGUCAUAUGUAUUGUUGCCGAUCGGAUCAUUUACUCUGAAGGCUGUUGGUGGAAGUUUAACAGCUAUUCCUGGGAUUUCGGAUAUGAUCGAUGACACUGUUAAUACAAUUGUGAUGGAUAUGCUACAAUGGCCCCCACAGUAUUGUUGUCCCCAUUGGUGGUAUACCUUUAGAUACCAGGUAUUUGAUCAAGACAUUGAGCAUUACAAAGUUACCUCUUAUCGAGUUGGAAGCUGGAAAUCAAAAGAUUUCGAGCUAAGGCUGCUCCCAUCACUUGAUGUGCUUAAAAUUAAAGAUAAGAAAGAUGGAGGCACUGUAACUCUUCAGUACCACGAAUUCAACAAAGACAAGCAGCUGGCCGCCUUACAGGAUCUUAGAACAGGAACGGUAUUGGCGCUGGGGCCGGGCUUGUCGGCAGUGGCCUGA